AUGAUAUAUGAUGGAAAUAUUCAUCCAGAUGAAUGGUUGAGACAAUUUAAUACGUAUUGUUUUCUUAAAAAAAUUACAGAGGACAAUGUCAAAUUAGCAAAAAUGAUGAUUGAUUCUACAAUUCAUGUCCCUAAAGAUGUAACUUCUUUAACAGAACUUGUUAGCGCAUUAAAAGNCAAAGAUGUAACUUCUUUAACAGAACUUGUUAGCGCAUUAAAAGCGGAAGUUUCUUUCACAGUAUUUAAAAAUACAAGUAAAAGAAAAUUACAAGUAUUAAAAUAUAAAAGUGAAAAUAUAGGAGGCGAUACAUCAAAGUUUAUCGAAACUUUUCGUAAACUUUGUCGUGAUGCUGAAAUUGAUGAUUUAAAAGAACAAAAGGAAUAUUUUGUUGAAACACUUCCAUACACACUUAGAAAGAAGUUUUUAGAUAUUAUAGAUGAUAUUGAAUCUUUAAGUGACCUUAUUUUAAGAUUUAAUAAGCUUUUAAUUGGACCAGCUCUUAGCACUAAUAUUAAAAAUGGUUCUGUUGUAGCUUUAAAACAUGUUUCUACGGGAAAAUAUUUGAGUACGAUUGAAAAUUUACGUUAUGAAACUGGAAGCAAAUCUCAAAUGGUCUAUUUAGGUGGUUCAGAACUUGAUCGAUCUUCUUUAUGGAUAAUCAAGUUUGAUAAAGAUUUCGCUACUACCGACACUUAUAUAAAUUUGCAGCAAAGAUUUGGUAAAUUUGACAAGUUUCUUGGGAUGCGAUAUUAUUAUGAGUAUAGUGCUAGAAAAUAUUAUUAUUCUUCUCCAUCCAAUCACUUAGAAGUGAGUUGUAACAUAAUGAAGAAAAAUUAUAGCGAUAAUAAUUGGAGAUUUGAUUUUUGUGAUUUAAAUAAUCAAGGAUAUUUAAAACCAAACGAUAUUAUUACUCUUAGUACUAAGAAUGAAAUACUUAAUGAUCGAUAUGAAUAUUUACGUGGUCAUGAUUAUCAAGUCACUAUAGGAGGCGAAAUUUAUUACGAGGUUAUUUGUCAUGAUAAAGUCAUAGGAGCAAAUGAUAAUUGGUGUAUUGAACUUAUUGAAGAACCAUAA